AAGCUUUCCGGCAAAUAACGACAUACGCAUUAUUGCAGUCUCUUAAAUUGCACAAUUAGGUUUUUUAAAAUAAAUAUAUAAUAAUUCACAAUGGCAGAGGCAGAUUGGGAAGAAGUAACAUAUAUUGGCAAAAGACAGCCAAAAGGAUCUCAGCUGAAAACUGAAAAGGCAAUCAGCGCAGCAAAGAGACAGGGCCUCGAAAUUGACACGGGCAAAAAAUUUGGUGGCGGUGGGAAUAAGCAGCAUAGUUCAAAUAAAAACACGGCCGUUUUGGAUCGUGAAACUGAGGAGCUGCACCAUGAUAGCAUAAGCCUCGAUGUGGCCAAAUUAAUACAACUUUAUCGACAAAAGAAAAACCUUACGCAAAAGGAGCUCGCAACAAAAAUAAAUGAAAAGCAGCAAGUAAUAAAUGAAUAUGAGGCUGGAAAGGCACUUCCCAACAACCAGGUUAUGGGAAAGCUAGAGAGAACACUUGGUGUCAAACUUCGUGGCAAAGACAAAGGCCAGCCAUUUCAGCAGAAGAAGUAGCAUGUCAGAAACCAUGCAUCUUAAAACCAACUGCACAUUUUUCCGUCUAAUGGGAAAUUGUUUUGGAGGUAAUGAGCAGACAAGCUGUUAACAGUGUAUCACUGAUAAACUGACUAUUUUGACUCUACUUUGAGUGAAUGUCAACAUUUCUGGUUGCUAUGAAAUUCGCUUUGUGAAAGCGUUCACAGAAGCAGCUUCCGAGAUGAUUUCCUGAUCUGUACAUUUAUUUUAUUAAUGGAAAACCGUUUGUGGACUCCUGCCUUGACAGAGACACUUUUCUUAACAGUUGUCUUAAUAAACUUUGUAUCUAA